UAAGUUUUCUUCCUUUCAAAGAUUUUCCUUGUAUCAUCCUGCUUUUGAGUUGUUAAUCAGCUCUUAGAAAUCAACUUUCGAAAACAAAAAUGCGUUGUGGAGCUUUUUCGCUGUUGUUCCUGGUCGUCUGCCUGUGUGCAGUCAUGUUUCAGUUGGGUAACGCGAGACCUUCCGAGGAAUUCCGACCUCGUGAACGUCAGGUGAUUGCAGAACUGGCCUCAAGGAUCCUCGCAAUUACCAUGAAUUCCGGCAAUAAUUCGCCUUACGAUCAAAUCCCGAUGACAGCGUCCAAACGCAAUGCUGAACUCAUCAACUCGCUGCUCGGGAUUCCGAAAGCCAUGAGCGAAGCCGGAAAAUAAUGAACAUUUCCGCGAAAUCCGAGGACUUGCGAAAAAAGAACAUAACCAAAGAAUUUAAAAAAUCCAAAGAAUAUGGGUAUAAGAAGCUGACUCAAAUCGAAAACCAGAAGCUUUCCUUCAGACAUUUGUUUUCCUAAAAAUGCUGAAAGGUUCCCUACCCCAAUCUCAUCCUGCAAAAAUGUCUGGAUGAUUCUCUUUUUUUGUGUAUAAAAACGGAAAUAGUUGAUGCUGAUAGUGUUUUUCCUCCGUCAUCCUAUUGUUGAGAACCGGUGCCAUUUUUCUUGUUUUCAAAUUGACUCGUUUUCGUCGGUGACAGCGAAUAAAGAAAUGUGAAAAAAAUUACGGAACCGAAAAAA